CGGCGACUAGGAGGAGACAUGGAGGAGGAGGUACAUGGCAUCGUCAUUGUCGGCGGCGGCAUCUGCGGCCUCGCCACUGCUCUUGCUCUUCACCGGAAAGGGAUUCCUAGCCUCGUGUUAGAGAAGUCCGAGACUCUACGAGCGGCUGGCGGGUCCAUUGGUGUCCAUUCCAAUGGAUGGUGUGUCCUAGAGCAACUUGGGAUUGCUCCAGAGCUCCGGGAGACUGCCGACGUAGUUACUGAGUUUCACGACGUGUGGCAGAAAGAGCAAGGAAACAAGAGCGUCGUGGUACCUGUCAGGGGGGAGCUCCGAUGGUUGAAAAGGAAGGACCUGAUCGAGACAAUGGCCAAGAACAUACCUUCAGGAGCAAUCCGCUUCGGCUGCCACAUUGCGGAGAUACAUCCAGCAAAUCCUGAGAACCACGGCGCGGUUCUUACCACACUGGACGGCAGAGUCAUCAGGGCCAAGGCCCUGAUCGGAUGCGACGGCUCAAACUCAGUGGUAGCCAAGCACUUGGGCCUGACCCCGCCGAGAUCAGCCCCACGCAUGCUUCUUCGCGGAUACACGAGAUACCCGCACGGGCAUCCAUUCGGGCCCCAUUUCCUGCGCCUGAGAUGCAAAGGCAUGUUCGUCGGGCGCUCGCCCAUGACCGACCAGCUCGUCAGCUGCUUCGUGGCCUUUUGGCACCCCGGCGGGGACGCCACCAAGGACGCGCGCGCCAUGAAGGCGUUCCUGGUCGAGAAGCUCAAGGGCCAGUGCUCCGACGACAUCGUCGAGCUGGUCCGGGGCCUGGACCCCGAGUCGCUGAUCGUCCUGACCAGGAUCUGGUACCGGCCGCCGUGGCAGGUCAUGUUCAGCAGCUUCCGGAGGGGCACGGCGACGGUCGCCGGCGACGCGAUGCACGUCUUCGGGUCGUACAUCGGCCAGGGGGGCUCGGCGGCGCUGGAGGACGCCCUCGUGCUCGCCCGGUCGCUGGCGCGGGCCGCCGACGGGCGCGGCGAGCUGCGCGAGGAGAAGAUCGGCGCGGCGAUGGGGGCGUACGUCAGGGAGAGGAGGCUGAGGGUGGCGAGGCUGUCGCUCGAGUCCUUCGCCAUGGGGACGCUGCUGGCGACCAAGUCGCUGCUCACAAGGCUCGCCUGCUUCGCCAUCGUGACUCUGCUGGGCACCAACUCGCUGGGGCACACCCACUAUGACUGCGGUCGCCUCUAGCGGCUGCGUUUCUGGUUCUGGGCUGUGGGCACUCUCUCUUUGAACUAUGCUAUUUUUAAACAAACAAUAAAUUAAACAAAUAAUAAAAAGUUGAAACUAUCCCAACAAUUUGAUGCUCACUUAAAGGAUAUAGAGUAAGCAUCAAAAUUCAAGUCUUAAUAAGGAUUUUGGUUGCUUGCUGUCAAGGCUGUUAGCGAGUGCUUGUACUGCUGUAACUUAGUCAUUGGAAGUUAGUCGUGAGCGAUUAUCUCGCCAGGCUCCCCUGGUCCCUGGAGACUAGAACUGCAUGCUGUGCAUGCCGUUACCCGUAGCCCAAGGCUUGUAAUCUAUAUGUAUAUGAUUGAUCAAUACAAUAGUAUGGUUGGCUAGUA